ACCUGAAAUUAAUACAACACUGUAUGUUAACUGGAGUUAAUUUUUUUUAAUUAAAAUUUAAAAAAACUUUAAAGCAUUAGAUCUCAAUAAUAUUGUUUUUAAAAAGAAGAAGAAGAAGGUAGAGAAGAGCUAGAAGGUAGAGGGAAGAUCUAUAAACUAUAUGUUUUAGUGUGGUCUUCCCAAUGGCUGCAUUGCCAUUAAAGAAGAUUGCUCAUGUAAAGAAACCAUGUAUGUUUUGUAGUUUAAAAAAUAAUGCAGUUUACUGAAGCAGAUUGGAGUUUUAUUCCUUGAAACUAAUAAAAGAGGCUUAUGGGAGUUGGAAAGAAAUAAAGACAAUGACUUUACAAUCAUUUGUAGAUACACAAGUAUCUUUAGAUGGCCUUUUUACUCUUUUUAAUGAAACUAUCCAAAAACCUCCACAGUAAUGGGCAAUUCACCUAGGAACUCAUCUUCAUUAUUUGUGUAAUUUUUAAUUCUCCAAGCUUUUAGUUUCGUGUACAUCAAAAACCACUUAAGGGCUGUAAAAAGAUACUGAAGAGAAUGCUACAUUUAGAGCAGAAAAUUCUGUUAUUGAAUUUACCAUAGUGAUCAUCGGUUGUAAAUCUAAGCAAUCAGUCCAGUUUAUGAAUAGACCAAGCUAGAGAAAUCAGCAUGCCUCAUUUGCAUACAUACACACCGUCAUCAUGGAUUAGCUUUGGUUGCAUUUUCUCCCCUGGCAAACAGGACACAUAUUUUAUGUCACCUUGAAAGGAGAACUUAAUAAAAAGCAUGAUACGGUAUAUUCAACCUCUUUCAAGCGUCCAGAUCCUUACAACCCGAUAUCCAAAAAGUCGGACAUUUCCCUUUCUGCAUAUCCCUCCUUUACUGAAAGAACAUGUAUUUGUCUCAUGUACCUAGUAAACAUCUAAGUGGGCCCAGUGCUGAGCACUGUGUAAACAAGAUAAGUGAGGGCCUGGUUUUAGGAGUGUUGACAUCAACGGAUGGAAAUGAAAUGACAGACUCCAUUUAAUUGUCGCCUCUGUUGUUAGGAAAGUCCAAAGACAUGCCCUCCCCAGCAAAGAGCAGGACCAUUCAUUUCUCUGUGUCCAUCUUAAAUGCUUCACGGUAGCUACCUCAUCUGGGGCCACAAUGGUACCUGGCUCUUGGGCAAACCCAUGGAAGAUAAAGGGAAGGUUCCAAGAGUAAUUGUGGCUCAUCUGGCUCCCCAGAGCCUCAGAUUUGCCUGCCAGCAAAAACAAAGGGAGACAGUUUUAUAUUCUGUAUUGGAUUCAUGCUAUGUUUUAAGGUAAUACUCUCUACAAACCUCGCCUUCUAAUACGUAAUUUCUUUUAGAUUCCUAGGAUGCCUCUGUGUGUGUGUGUGUGUGUGUGUGUGUGUGUGUGUGUGUGUUCUGUCUCAACCCGCUGUUCCCCUGGCACGUUCUGGUCCAUCUGCCCCAGCCCAGGAUCCCCAGGGUCACACCACCCAGUGACAAGAUGCAUCAGGCCCACCUCUGUCCCUCCCCAGAGCUUCAUGUAGUAUUCUAAUAAUAAUGACAGAGACCGCUGAGUGGACACACAAUGGGCGAGGCACUUUACAUACCCUGUCAGGUGAGGGCACGACCACUCUGUAAGGAAGUCACUUUCUCUUUUUCACAGAUGGGCAAAUUGAUGUGCAGGGAAGUCAAGUCACUUAUCCAAAACCGAGCCCUGGUAACUGGUGGCAAGAGCCAGUAUUCAAAACCGUGUGCCUGAUUCCUAAGCUCAUGGAAAUCUUGCAUGAACGUGGAAGCCAUUAGCAGAGUAAUUGCUGUCUGUUACCAUGACAACCAGCCGCUGCAGUCACCUGCCGGAAGUGCUGCCAGACUGCACCAGCUCGGCUGCGCCUGUGGUGAAGACCGUGGACGACUGUGGCAGCCUCGUGAAUGGGCAGCCGCAGUAUGUCAUGCAAGUUUCGGCCAAGGACGGGCAGCUGCUGUCAACAGUAGUGCGGACUCUUGCCACCCAGAGCCCCUUCAAUGACCGGCCGAUGUGCAGAAUCUGCCACGAGGGCAGCAGCCAAGAGGACUUGCUCUCUCCCUGUGAAUGCACAGGGACCUUGGGGACAAUUCAUCGGAGCUGCCUGGAGCACUGGCUGUCAUCCUCAAACACCAGCUACUGUGAACUCUGCCACUUCAAGUUUGCAGUCGAGCGCAAACCCAGGCCGUUAGUGGAGUGGCUCAGAAACCCAGGCCCCCAGCAUGAGAAGCGGACUCUGUUUGGAGACAUGGUGUGCUUCUUGUUCAUAACUCCACUGGCCACCAUCUCGGGCUGGCUCUGCCUGCGGGGCGCUGUGGACCACCUGCACUUUAGCAGUCGGCUGGAGGCCGUCGGACUGAUUGCACUCACUGUCGCACUCUUCACUAUUUACCUCUUUUGGACACUAGUGUCAUUUCGAUACCACUGUCGAUUGUACAACGAAUGGCGUCGGACCAAUCAGAGAGUGAUUCUCCUCAUUCCAAAGUCUGUCAGCGUACCUUCUAACCAGCAGUCCCUGCUGGGCCCCCAUUCUGUCAAGAGGAACUCAAAGGAGACCAUUGUUUGAGGCUUGUGUGGUUGGUCGGUUGGCUCGUUGUUUGGGGUUUUGGAAGUCUCCGCACUGGGGCCAUGCACUGAGCCACUCCCGAACCCCUCCUUAAGCCGUGGGUCUCAGAACACCCUGAGCCUUGUGAGCACAUCGCCCCAGCAACGGACUCGGCCGGAAGAGAGCAGAUGCUGUUUGACUUCAAAUCAUGGAUGCUGCAAUCACGUGAUACUUGCUCAGCUGCCAAACAUGCUUAUUUAGCAGAUACUAUGUGGGAUUUUCUGAACACCUCUUUAACAUAUGAGGAAGGUUGUCCUGGUAAAGAUGCAAUUCAAUGCUUCCUUUUUUAUUACUAUUUCAAAUAUAUAUAUAUAUAUAUAUUUUUUUAAGUAUAUAUAUUAAAGUCAGAUGAUAAUUACAGUCGAAAAAGCCAACGUUACAACUGGUUUCUUGGUUUGGAUGAGGUUGGUUUGGGUUAGUUUAUGCGUUUCCCAGUUUCUACUGUAGAUUCUUUGGGGGUAAUUUGAUAACUUGAGUGGUCUUUUUCAUUGCCUUCUCUCUCACUCAAGAGGACAGCGUAAUGGCUACAGAACAAGGCAUAUUUGGAGGAUGUUUUGUACUAAACUUCAUUUAUUCCGUUUUUAAAGGGGAAAACAGGUGUGGCAACUCUCCCUACAGUGAACUGUUUAUUUAAAUUUCAUUAAGGAGGGAAAGAAAAUUACGGCGAGAAGCAGGCUCCUUUCGAAUUGUUUGAUACUGCCAGCUGAUAAAAGCUAUUUUCUAAUAAUAAAUAUCCAGUGUGUGAAAGACAAACCCCGCUGAUUGCAACAUUCUUUUUUUAAAUUAUAAAACCUGUGAAGUUUCCCCAAAGUAGGUUUUAAAAAGAAAAGAAAAAAAAAAAAAGACAAGCAAAAAGGUUGGUGUUCUUACUCCCAUCUCGUUUAGUGCAUGUCUUAAUUCUGCCUUCACAAGGAACUGGUGGAUCAUUAGACAUUUCUAGGAACCCUGGACCUGUUUUGCAUAUCAAUUAGCAUUCCCAUUGCUCUAUUGAAUUUCUAGCUUGACAGGUAGAUGUGGCAAAAAACCUGUCCUAGCAGCCUAAGGCCCCUUUGUCUGAUUUUUUAAAAAACGCAUCCCACACAGUGCCUUCCCCCAACCAUGAGCCAAUUCAGUCACAGGCUGAAACAGACCUUUGCUAAGGACUUCCUGUCCCUGUUUUAUCCACCACUGUGUAAAGGCUCUAAACUGCACCCUGCAUUUGUAGCCACUGAAACCACGGGGCACAUGUGUCGUCUGAGGAAAGCCCUUGCUGGCGCUGGCUCCCCCAUCCGCCUGCCUGCCGCCUACCCACACGCCCAGGAGGAGAAGGCGGAGCCCAGCGUUGGGGAAUGCUUAAAAUAUGGAUUUCUAGAACAUGACCCACAUUCUGAAUAUCGCUCCAGCUUCUGCCUUAUGCUCCCCAAGUGGGAGAGCGGAAAAGUGCAAAGGAACAGGCGGCCAGGAGGGGAACGAUUUUUGUGUGCAGAUCGAUCAAGCGGAUGCAGGUGUCACCUUUGUCUGCCGAGCCCCCCCACCCUCCCCUUCACAGACUGCUCCCCGAGCUGCCUGGGGAGGGAAACAGCUGUACCGCUCUCCGCUGCAAAACUCAGAUGUGCUUUAUGGCUGAUGACAAUAGAUUUCCUCCCCACCACGCUCCCCUUCGACACUCCGUUCCAGUAAUCUACGCCUCAGCCCUUCUGUUUGUUCGGCCCUGCUCACCCCUCCAGGCUGUCAUUAGCUGCACCGCCAUCAACCGUUUCUUAAUUGACCUUUUUAAAAUGCUGGACACCACUGGCUGCAUGCAGCUGUCACACAUUAAAUUUCCAGAGCCAAGAGUCCAACUUGGUAGCUUGUGAACUACAGCCCUGUAAUAGAUUGGAUAAAUAACAUCCACCCAGCCCUGGUCCCUGAGCUGUCAGGUUAACCAGCGACACCUCUCAUUUGAAUGGCAUAAGCAGUCAUGAGAGGACCAGCCCCUUUCUCCUCCCGGCUCCUUCCAUGAAUUAAGGAAGUGAGAGACUCCUGGGAUCAUUUCCUGUUGAGGUUGGCUGCAGGGAGUCCCUGCCAUCUUGGUUCAUGAGAUGAGAUACAUUGACUCAAAAUAUCAAAGGCAGACAGGUGCCCAGCAGUUCGCUGAGGCCCCUGCACUGGGAAGGUUGGCACAUUGGUACUGGGUCUGUGCUACACGCCUUUCCCCCAUACUUGCAUCCCCACCCGGGUAAAUAAAGCCGAGUCCAAAUGCAAGGAGUAGAUUGCUUGCAGGGUGGUGGGCAGGACACUCCUGGGAGCCCAGAGUAGCAUCAGUGCCUCGCUUCCUGGGCGAGGAGCUUGGGUCCUCCUCAGGAGAGAGACUCUGAGCUCUAGCAGCCCAGCACCCAUCUGAGAUCCUCAAAGUUCUUGAUCCACUCUUGACCCUUUAUGACAUCAUUCAAGGUUAGAGAGCAUAAGGAACUGCAGCCCGUGCACAAGGCACCAGCCAAGAGGCCGGGGACAGGUGGGGACUGCCGUCCAGGCUCUGUGUCUGUCACCAAGCCAAGUUGCACCUGCCUGGAAAAAGGGGCGCAGAGGUGCUGCACAGGUCACUGCCAGCCUUGAACUCUUGCUUUGCUUCUUUCUUUUUGAAAAGUCAAGAAUGAAGCAGGGGAAAGAAUGAGAAGGGGCAAGUAAAGGAUCCUGGGUAUUCACAGCUUCCCUUCCUUCAACUUCUUCAACAGCCCUCUAUUCUCCCUCUUUGCUGUACCCUGUCCUAACCAUAUGUCUUAAGGAUAUAGGGUAGAGACAAAUGUGUGUCACAGUGAAGCCAGAGGGGAAAGGGACAGCUGAGACAAAUCCAGUGCAUUCUUGCCUGCCCCAGGUGUGUGUGUGUGUGUGUGUACAUGCUUCUGCAUGUUCACAUCUGGGGAAUACAGAGAACGGGGAAUACAGAGAACACGGAAUGUUCACACAAAUUCUACAGCUCAGACUACUGAGCAGAAGCUCAGACGAGCUAGAAAAUCCAAUAGAGGGAAAAAAUAAAUGACAUGACUUAGAAGUUACUUGUAUUUGUCUUCCGUGGCCUGGUCUCCCUUUCCUGUGCCACAGUGCCAUGGACUGUCACUUACAGCUGGACUGAAGCCACAGUUACUUCAUCUUUAGUGAAAGUGACUCAUCUGAGGGCGUAGAGGAGCCACGGAGAAAAGGAAAGAGAAAAAGCAGCCUGCUGACCUGCACUUGGGCCACUGGCCAACUGGAGGCUCCACUUUCUCCCCAGGCAAAAACUUUGUCCUCAGUCUCUCUCACCAGGGAGAAUCCCAAGGCAGAAAGAAUCUGAGGACAAAAGAUACCUGCGAAAGGAAAUUGGCACAUGCUUCCUUUCCUCCUUGAUUUAUAAUGUUCCCAGAAGCUACCCGAAGUCAGCCACACAGCUCUAAGACCUAAAGCUGGAUGAGAGAUGCAGGUGGUGAUUCCGAAGCCAUUAAUGGGACAAGAGGUGGGCUUGUGGGUAAGUACAGAGUUCAGGAUUAUUUCUGGACCAGAUGUCGGGACAUGGAUGCACCUGGCUGGACGCCAUCCCUCCUGGCCAAGCACGUGGAGGGUCUAUGGUCUGGCAGGCUGCCGCGAGAGACCUGGGACUGUGGAGGCUGGAGUCACAAGAAAUGUGUACUCCAAGGCCAUGCCUGGGCAAAUGCAUGCUCUCUGCAAAAUGGGUCAGUUCUGCAAAAAUGCACGGGCCAGUAUGUUCUAUCGGCAUCUAGUGCCUGGGAUUUGGAGUUCUCAGUGUCUAGGGAUUGGCUCUUUUCCCUUGUGUUUAGUUGUUGUGGGCUGAUUCCAACUCUCUGCUUCCCAGGUCGAUAGAGUGGGAGAGAACCAGCCAUGAGUCAGGCAACCUGGCAUUGAGCCUGGCUCUACUGUGUCCCUGCUGCUGACUGAACAAGUGACCCCACCUACCUGCGCCUCAGUCUUUUGCCUCCGUAAAAUGGGGGCAAUACCUACCUCAGACAAUCCUUGUGAGAUUGGUAGGGCUUAGCUCCCAAUAGUUGAUGAAUGAAUGGCAGUACCCCUUCUGCCCCCUUCAGUCCAUUCACUGUGGCUGAUGUGUGGGUUAUUCUGCCCUAGCUUGGGUUUUGCCAAACGACUUUAAUAAAUGAUUUGAAGGACCAUAAACAAAUAGUUUAAAAAUCCUUUUCAAAAAGAAGAGGGAUUGCUUUUAAAUGAUCAAGAGAUAUUUACUGAGCACACUGUGCCUGGAAUAAAAACUAAGAGACCCUUCUGGAGGCUGAAAUUACUGACUUGAUUGAGAUCUUGGAAUCAUGUAUAGAUUUCAGUUACCCUUGCAUUUCCUGACACUGGAGACUAUGGCUAAUUGAGAAUUCAUCACAGAUGAAAAAAAAAAAUUUUUUUUUGCUAGUUCUGGAUCUAGUGCUACAGAGGAAAACAAAUAUAGUCUAUCAGUUGUCUGUGUUCCCAGAAAUGAGGAACUCAUGAGUCACUGAGCUCAUACAUCUAGUGCCUUCGCAGAGACUCUGAAUUCUGUGCACAAAGACAACACCAGAUCAGCUUCAGAGCCCUGCUUCUUUUGAGAAACUCCUUUUCAGACACACUUUUCACCGACACCAUCCACAGUUACCGUAUUAAGGAAAUGAAUACAUGAACCCUAUCCAACGUUUUAUUUUAUCAUAUUUGUGAAGGCCAGAUGCAAAGACCUGAGUUAAUCAUACAUUUAGUCCCUGACAACUUCUGUCACCAUCAGCCUAGACGGGUCCUUCUUCUGUUUUAUUCUACAAGUAUGUACCUAGAGCCAAACUCUUUGUGCCUAACAAACCACACCACAAUUCAGCGCUCUAAGACCACUAUUUCAUUGCAUUUCACCAAUCCAUGGGUUGGCGAGGGCUCAGCCAGGCGGUCUGUGGGCGGCGCCCCUGCCGGUUGCACUUGGAUGUCUCAGUCAGAUGGUCCAGGUGCUCCUUCCAUGUGUAGCCUUGCCUCUUCACCUGGCAUCUCAACUUCAAAGGCCCCUCUCUUUCCAUGGCAGCUCAGGGCUCUAAGAGGGAAGAAGCUUCUGUCCUGCAUAAGGCCUGGGCUUGGAAGUCCUGGAGCUGUCCCCUCCUUGAAUUCUACUGGUCAAAGCAGCGACAAGCCCUGCCUGCUGACAGGAGGGGCAGAAUCAUUUGGGGCUGUCUUUGCAUCUUUGCAGGUCUGCUACCAGACCCUUAGAACAGAUGCAGAAGCGUAACCUGGGAAUUUAGCUACUUGCCCAAGGUAACAGAGCUAGUAAGAGGCAGAUCUGGGAUUCAGACCCAGACUCUGGAGUCCAUGCUGUCAACCACUAUGCCAUGAUGCCUCUCAGCUUCUAUUUUAUGGCAGUUUCCCUUUCAUUCCUGGUCUCCACUCUCAUCUCUUCCCUUCCUUAGGCAUCCAGUCAACAGAAUAUGCAUAGAACUUUGUAAAACAUACUGUUUUUUACUAGAUGUCUUAAUUUACAAAAAAAAAAAAGUGAUUAUGCUAUAAAUCUCAUUCUUUACCCACCCCCACUCCCCACUUAAUACUAUGUUCUGAAGAUCUGUGUUGCUUCAUGCGUGCCUAGGUCACUGUUUCUAAUGGUUGCUUGGGAUUCCAUUUCAUUUUUCUAUUCCCUUCAUGUUACCACCAACUCCCUGACCCAGCCAACAGGGCCCUGAAACAGACACCCGGGUAGUCAUCUCCUUCCAGUCCUGUUGGAAGAUUCCUCUGGACUGGUAUGCAUGCAUGGGAAUGCCAGGUUCUAGGACACUGACAUGGUUAAUUUCACUAUGUUUGAAUUGUUCUCCAGAAGGAAUACACCACUUAAGACACUACCCUGUAGCAGCUGAGUUUUGCAAUUUCUCCGCUAGCUAGUCUUUACUUUUGGGCCAAUCUGACCAUACAAACCUGUGUCUCAUUGCUUGUAUAUGUGCAAAUGCACACUUUUAAUUUUUCCUACCGGGUUGGUGAUCUUCCCCUUUAUAUUUUCCCUAGUCAGUUCAAUGUGCUUCCAUUUGUCAUUUGUUCAACUCUCUCUUAACUUUGCCUGUGCUAUAUAUACUUUGUUAAACAGAAAUUCUUAACUUGGACAUAGCCAGAUCUGGUUGUCAUCAUGUACUCUGUGCUAUGAGUGGUCUUACUGAAAUUUAAAUGUCUUUUUUUCUUUUUAAUUUUAUAUAUAGAGAGAUCAUGAGUUGGGGACAGGGGCCGAGGAAGAGAGAGAGAAUCUCAAGCAGGCUCCACACUCAGCACAGAGCCUGAUGCAGUGCUCAAUUCCAUGACCCUGGGAUCAUGACCUGAGCCUAAAUCAAGAGUCAGAAGCUCAACCGACUGAGUCACCCAGGUGCCUCAACAAGUCCUUUUUCAUUAUAAAAUCACAAAGACAGUUUCCCAGAUUUUCUGCCUUUAUGGUUUCAUGUAUCACCCUUAGGCUUCUGAACUAUCUGGAGUUUACCUCUGUGCAUGAUAUGAGACAGGGAUCCAGCUUUAUCUCCCUAAGUUCCCCUCGCCUUCCACAAAACAAUCUCCCCUUUUGUCAUUCACUUGUGGUGUCAUCUGUGUCAUAUACCCAGUUCCAUGUCGACAUGGGUCUGUUUCUGCAGUCUCAAUCUGUGACUUUAGUCUACUGCUGUGGCCCUGCAUUACCUCGCUGUUUUUCUCCCUAUGGCUUCAUCCUGAGCCUCGGCAUCUAGUGGAAUGAGCAACCCUAUCCCCUGCCAAUUUCACUCUACUUUUUUUUUUUUUUUCAAAACUGACUCAGUUAUUUAUAGACAAGCUUUUAAUUCUUGUGCAUAAAUUUUAGAACAGUUUUGUUAACUCGUUUAAAAGGUCCUGAUGGAAUUUUGAUUGGAAUUGUAGUGAACUUAUACAUUAAUUUCAUGAAAAUUGCCCUCUUUGCAAUUUUUAGCAAUCCCAUAUGAUGAAAAUAGCAUAACACCACUUAUUUAAGUGUUCUCGGUGUCCUGAAACAGAGUUGUAAUCAUUGUCAGUAAAAUUCUUGUGUCCUUUGCUAGUUUCAUUCUUAAACACCUUUAGUCGUAUUGCUAUUGUAAAUGGUACCUUAUUUUCUUUUUUUUUAAUUUUGUAAUGUUUUUAUUUAUUUUUGAGAGAGAGAGAGUGCGAGCAGCAGAGGGGCAGAUAGAGAGGGAGACACAGCAUCUGAAGCAGGUUCCAGGCUCUGAGCUGUCAGCACAGAGCCCGACACGGGGCUUGAACUCACGAACCGUGAGACCAUGACCUGAGCCAAAGUUGGACACUUAACUGACUGAGCCACCCAGGCACAGUAUCUUAUUUCUAUUUUGUAUCUUUUUUUUUUUUUUUUAAUUUUUU